AUGAAUCUGACGGACUACAAUAACAAACCAACCAAUCCUUGGAUAUUAACCGGAUCCAUGUUUUAUUCCAUGCAACUCUACACUACUAUUGGCUAUGGUUCUCCAACACCGAAAACCAACAAAGGUCGAGGUUUUACAAUCUUCUAUUGCAUCGUCGGGAUCCCUUCAUUCCUCUGGUACAUCAGGUCGGUCGGUAAAUACUUGUCAAAAACAAUGAAGAAGAUGUACAAAAAGCUGAGAAACUCGCCUGUUGGAAAACUCCCUUUUCUCAAAACAAUUAUGUCUGCGGUCGAUAAGUUUGAGAACGGUGGAGUUAGUGAAGAAGAAGAAACAAAGAAACCCCUCCCAAUCAUUGUGGCUGUCAUCAUGAUAGUAUUUUGGAUUGUUCUCAGUGCAUAUUUGUUCAGCGAAUGGGAGGGCACCUGGGAUUUCUGGUCCGCGAUUUAUUUUUGUUUCAUUUCUAAUGCGACCGUUGGGCUGGGAGACAUGUUGUUUACUAGUUCCCACAUGAUUCCAGUAAACUCUGUUUUUAUCCUUGUCGGUCUUGCUCUCUUAUCAAUGACCUUCGAUUUGGUAACCAAUAAAGUUUCGACUUUGGUUCACAAAAAGAGCGCAGAUGUUCCAGCCCAGCUAACAUACUUUGCUGCAACCAAUCAAAAGAAUUAUCAACCUGGAUUUCAAGACAUGUUGAAAAAAUGGAUGGCCCGCCAAGUCUUCGAGACGGUUGUCUUACCCGAAAUACUGGAAAGUGAUGACGAAUCAGACUCCGAUGAUGAAUCCGAAUUCAUGUCUCAGGAACAAGAAGCUUUCCGCCGUCUUGUCGAGUCUAUGCCUGAAUACAGCUCUGGCGAUUUCAACAACUGUAUCUUUCUGGAGUUCGUGAAACACCGAAAACUUCCAAGAUUUUUCAAAAACACGAUGACCAACCAAACUACUAUUGCCUGUCAAACAGGCGAGCAAGACGACCGAGCCGACAACGACACUCUCUUCCCAGACGAUGAGUAUUUCAAAUCGGAUUCACACAAUAUAUUUUCUCAAUAUGAUCACGAGUCUAUUAACUCGUUGUUCGAUGACAUCCCACUGGAUUGA